AUGAAUUGGAAUAUCUACAUCAGCCUUGAAGUUCGUUUCCAAUUGGCGACAGCCAAGAAGUUGUUUAGUUCUGCAAGUGUAAAGCAUGAAACGCCAAAUUCUUCUGUGGCUUUCUUUGACGCGGCCCUUCCUGGGUCUAUGCCGUCUCUAAACCCAGAAGCUUUAAGGCUUGCUAUUCAAGGAGCGCUGGCACUCAACUGCGAUAUUGCGCCAAUUUGUCAAUUUGAUCGAAAGUUAGUCUUUCAUCCUGAUUCGCUAGCUGGUUAUCAAAUCACCCAACAUGAGAUGCCAUUGGGAGAAAAUGGAUUCAUAGACCUCUCUCAAGAUUUGGAUGAGGUUGAAGAUAUGCGUAUUCCUAUUCAGUCCAUACAGUUGGAGCAGGAUGCUAUAGAGUCAAUCCAGGCGAGUCAUCCUACCAAGCGUUUCCUGGAUUUUAAUCGUGCUGGAUCACCAGUGAUAAAAAUUACUGUACCUCCAUGUCUACACGAAGAGCAAACUACUGGUGCCCUUUUACGUAAGUUACGAAUGGUUCUUUGUCAUGCAGGGAUUUUGAAUAAUAAAACGGAGCUCGAUGGAAUGAAUUGUAGUGUGAAUAUCUCUAGUCCUUCAGGAACAUCGCACCAAAAGAAUAUUAUUUCUGGUAUAAAACCUUUUAAGAUAGAGCUGGAGAAUUUAUCUUCUGUGCAAAGUGUGAUGACUGCCAUUGAAUUUGAAGUACGUCGUCAGUUUUCACCCACCGAAAAUAGUAACCCUUUGCGUACUCAAGUAAGAGGGUUUGACGAUAAAGCUGGAGAAACGUUUUUCCUUUAUGAGAAACUAGUUCCUGAGGGUCAUCUUUAUGUUCCUGAGACGGAUAUACCACCCAUCAACUUAUCUAAGGCAUAUGUUGAAAAACUGAAUUCUUCCAUGAAGCCUCUUCUUGACGUUCUUUAUGCAACGCUAACGUCUAAACCCUAUAUGUUGCCUAAACCGGAAGCUCGCGCACUUUUAUUCUAUCCUGAGGGCUAUUCCUAUUAUACUUCUGUCUGGAAUAAUAUAGUCUCUCAGAAGAACUUUUCUUCGGAUAUAAUCAAUGAUGCUUUAAGGUCUUUAGCAUCUUUCGUUGUCACUAAUCUGUCAACUAUUUUCAACGAGCAAAGAGAAAGAGGCGGAUUUUAUUCAAUUUCCCCAAAGCAGUUAGCUGAGCUUGUUUUGUCUUCGUAUUCUAAAAAAGGGUCUCCCAUAACCUCAGAAACCUUAGUUAAUUGGUUGGCCACUAAGGCUGAAAAAAAUUCUGUUUCUCGUAUGGCUUAA